UAUAAAAGGGGUGAAACCUCAAAGGAAAAGAGUAGGUCAGCCAAAGAAUUAAAAUAUGUCUGACCAACUUUACUCUUCACUUUUCUCUCUCCUCCCUCAAAGUUAUGUCAAAGGAGAUUCAUCAUGUGAUCAUAUAGAAGAGGCAGCAAAUUACAUCAAAGAUUUGGAGAAGAAUGUGAAAGAGCUUCAAGAUAAGAGAGAAAAGCUUAAGAAUUCUUUAUCUGAAAUGCCCAAUGAUGUUGGAUCGUCCACGUCAUCCAUCAUUAGUAUUACUAAUCCUUCCAUUAAUGAAAAUUACGUGAAGAUUAAGACAUCCGUGGAUGAGUUAGAGAUUGAGAUUAACACCGCGGUUGAAGAGGAGGAUAUGUUUCCUUUAUCAAAAGUGCUCAAAAUGUUACAACUUGAUGAAGGCCUUAAUGUUGUUAAUUGUGCCUACUCUAAAGUUAACCAAAGAUGGAUGUAUGUCAUUCGUUGUCAGGUUGAUGACGGGAAGUUAGUUGAUUCCUCACGCUUGCAAUGGAGGUUGACCAAUGAGAUUUCAUCAUAUGCUGCAUGAAGUUUUACGCGAUAUAGCUUUUAUAUUAUUUUAGCUUGUAUCCUUGUACACUACUAGUAUAUACUAUGUAUGUCGGUAUUUAGUUGUCGCAUUACUGAUGAAGUAAUUAUUGAAAAUUUAUAUGUAUGGAAUUAUCAAAAGAAUGUAUUUAUAUAAUUAAUUAAUUGAUAAAUUGUAUUGUAUUUAUUUACAUUGAGGUAUUUUAUGAUGAUAAUUUUGUUUUUA